CGAAACCCUUAGAACAGUGAAAGCAGCGGAAAAUGCAGUCGGGAAAAAACGCAAUGGAAUCGAUGAAGGAAUCGGCUGCCAACGUGGCAGCCUCGGCAAGAUCUGGCAUGGAGAAGACCAAAGCCACUGUCCAAGAGAAGAUGGAGAAGAUGACGGCGGAGGGCCCUAUUGCUAAAGAAAUGGCAGAAGAGAAGAAACAGGAGAGGAUUCGGGAGGCGGAGCUUAACAAACAGAUGGCGCGUGAGCAAAACGCCGCUGCGAAACAGGCCGCGACGGCCGCGACGGCCGCUGGCACACAUCCGACCACCACCCACGGGACGGCGACAUACGGCACCACCGGUACCGAGCACACACGGCACCAGGGCGUCAUCGGGUCGCACCCGACCGGCACGCACGUCACGCAUCCGACCACCACCUACGGGGCAGCGACACACGGCACCACCGGUACCGAGCACGGACUGCACCAGGGCGUCAUCGGGUCGCACCCUCACGUGACGCACCCGGCCGGCACCCAUGGCACGGCGACGUAUUCCACCAGCGGAGCUCAUGGCCAUACCACGGGAGCCCAGCAGAUGUCCGCCGUGCCCGGUCACGGUACCGGGCAGCCCACGGGCCGAGUGACGGAAGGCGUGGUGGAGUCGCACCCUAUUGGAACUCAGACCGGCACCGGGACGACGGCCCGCAACCCGCGCGUGGGCGGCGGUGCAACCGGUUACGGCACCGGCGGCGGAUAUAGUUAAGAUGAGCAGUGUCCCUUUCUAUGCUUUUUAAGUGAUCAAAUGUUAUUGUCUUUGGUUUUUCUUUUGGUUUUUUUCAGCUUUUUGUAGAAUGUUUUCUGUGGGUUUGUUUCAUGGUCUGAUUUAUCUUCUUUUCAUUUUGUACCCUUUUAUAUGUACUGAUGUUCAGUGAUGAAUAAAAUUUGCAUGUAAUUAUGGUUCUACAGAACUUAUACAUUAA